UUAUUUUAUUUAAACUGAAGCAUUCCACUUCAUGUCCCUAAAUUACAUAUAAUGGUUGUCAUACUAAAUAGAUUAUCAUUAUAAAUAAUAGAUAAUAGAUUAAAUUUUUAGUAAACAAAAAAAAAAAAAUAUAAGCAAAUACUUAUUAAUAUAAUAAUUAAAAUAAAAAUCUAAUGGCUCCCAAGAAAAAUGGUUUUAGUGCUUUUUUGCUACAUUGUAAAAAUGAAGAACUUAAGAAUGGUAGGAAUAUUAAUAUGAAAGAUCUGGUUGAUGAACUAGAACCUAUUUGGAAAGAUAUGAAUGAUGAAAAAAAAAAUGUUUACAAAAAAAUGGCUGCAGAAUUAAAUGCUCGUCAGACUAAAGCUCAUACUCCUCAACAAAUAGAAAGGCUGCAUGAAAAUAGUGAUGAUUAUUGGAUGAUGCAAACAUAUGUGGAAAAAAUGUUUCAAUUUAUACCUGAUAAUGAUCAAUUGCUAAAAAGAAAAUUUAUGUUAUUACAUAUUAAUUGUCAUGCUCAUGAUGGAGAGCAAUAUUAUUUUCCUGCUGAAAUAUCUGCUCUAGAAUUUUCAUUAUUAAAAGGUGUAACACGCAUGUAUCACAAAAUAAUAGGCAUAUCAAAGAUUUACCCAAAAGGUUUUGCUGGUGGUAUGAGAGAACAUUCUGAUAAAUUUCAUCAGAUAUCUUGUUGGGAUGAACACUCAGAUAAUUAUAAUGAAAUAUUAUUAGAGUUACUUAGUUUUUUAAAAGAUGGACAAGUUUUUAAUUCAGAUUUAGUCGAAGGUAAAUUAGAUUUACCAUAUAUGUUUACAAUAGAAACAGAAAGUGGUUCAAAUAUGAUGAAUGCAAAGUCUAGUCUUGAAACUUUAUACAGCACUGUUUUUCCAGAGCAUACUUCAGAACGGUAUAAAUCACUAUUCAAAAUGGGAUCAGUUGAAAGGUUAUUCAACGAAAUUCUAAAAAGGUUCAAUAUUCAUUUAGAUGAAAGAUAUAUUAGAUCUGGAAUGACCAUUCAUGACAUCCUAGAAUCUGAUAUAUAUGGGCAUGGUCUUGGUUGUAUGUAUCAUGAACUAAAGGAGAUUGCAUAUAAAUGUUCAAAGUCGCGUAUUCUUCAAUGGAUGUCAAAUAUGUGUAAACAUAUACAUGAUUAUACUGGUCUUGAACUUAUUCCUGGAAGACAUGUAGCAGUUUUGUUGAGGGAUGGAUCAAGAAUGAUUAUUGAAAAUGAAGAAGUACCACUUACUAGAACUGAUCUCAAAAUGAAAUCAUUAACCGAAUAUAUUGACUAUCAAGAAGAUUUUUAAUUAAUUUUUUUCUAUUAACAUGAUUUAAAAUUUAAUUUAUUUUUUUUUUAAAUCUAAUGUAUCAUUUUCUUUUUAAUAUUUUGUUUGACUUGUUAUUAUAAUUAAAGUACUUAAAUAUGAUUUUUUUAAGAAUUUAAAUCAAUUAUUAUCUUUAAAAAUAAUAAGUGAACAGUUUAAUAAUAUUUCCAAUUACUAUUAUUAACAUUUUUGCUAAAAAUUUAGUGUUUAAUGAUUUGUUAAUAAUUUAAUUACUAUAAUACUUAUUUAAUUAAAAUUUGGUACUUUUAUAAUAGUAUUUUUGAGAUUAAUUUUAAUUCACUCAUAAUAUUUAUUUUGACUUAAUAUCUAUAUUUAAAGAAUAUUGCAAAUAUAAGUGUCGCUAUUAGCAUAGUGGCAAUGUAUAAACCGUGAAAAAAGCAAAAAAAAAAAAAUUGGUUACAAGAGCAUUACAUUUUUUCCUAAUCAAAUAUAAAUUAUAACAUUGGAGCAGUAAGGAAAAAAACAAAUAAAAACUCUUACGUAUUAACAAAA